AUGGAGCCCGGCCUGCUGCGACCCGCACCGGUGAGCGAGGUCAUCGUCCUGCACUACAACUACACCGGGAAGCUCCGCGGCGCGCGCUACCAGCCCGGCGCGGGGCUGCGCGCCGACGCCGCCGUGUGCCUGGCCGUGUGCGCGCUCAUCGUGCUGGAGAACUUGGCCGUGCUCCUCGUGCUCGCGCGCCACCCGCGCUUCCACGCGCCCAUGUUCCUUCUCCUGGGUAGCCUCACGCUGUCUGACCUGCUGGCCGGCGCCGCCUACGCCACCAACAUCCUGCUGUCGGGGCCGCUCACGCUGCGACUGUCGCCUGCGCUCUGGUUCGCGCGUGAGGGCGGCGUCUUCGUGGCGCUCGCCGCGUCGGUGCUGAGCCUCCUGGCCAUCGCCCUGGAGCGCCACCUCACCAUGGCGCGCCGGGGCCCCGCGCCCGCCGCCAGUCGGGGUCGCACGCUGGCUCUGGCGGCGGCCGCCUGGGGCGUGUCGCUGCUCCUGGGGCUGCUGCCGGUGCUGGGCUGGAACUGCCUGGGUCGCCUGGACGCCUGCUCCACGGUCCUGCCCCUCUACGCCAAGGCCUACGUGCUUUUCUGCGUGCUGGCCUUUGUGGGCAUCUUGGCCACCAUCUGUGCGCUCUACGCGCGCAUCUACUGCCAGGUGCGUGCCAACGCCAGACGCCUGCGGGCGCGACCCAGGGCUGGCCGGAGCGCGUCGAGCCGCGCACGGCGAACGUCUCGCUCCCUGGCGCUGCUGCGCACGCUCAGCGUGGUGCUCCUGGCCUUCGUGGCCUGCUGGGGUCCCCUCUUCCUGUUGCUUUUGCUGGACGUGGCGUGCCCGGCGCGUGCUUGUCCUGUGCUCCUGCAGGCCGAUCCCUUCCUGGGCCUGGCCAUGGCCAACUCGCUUCUAAACCCCAUCAUCUACACACUCACCAACCGCGACCUGCGCCACGCGCUCCUGCGGCUCCUCUGCUGUGGCCGCCGUCCCUGCGGCCGAAGCCAGAGCGGCUCCCAGCAGUCCCCGAGCGUGGCCGGGGCUUCGGGCGGUCUGCGCCACUGCCUGCCCCCGGGCCUGGACGUCAGCUCCAGCCGUUCGGAGCGCUCCUCACCCCAGCAAGACGCACUGGACACCAGCGGUUCUGCCGGCAGCCCCGGCGCGCCCAUGGCCGCCAGAACCCUGGCACUGGAGCUAGCUGCAUACUCGUGA